AAGAAGAGGAACUCAAAGAGGCUGUCUUGCUGCUCAGAAGCAAAAAUGUUGGAUUAUGUUUUGAUUUUGGACACAGCCAGUGUUCAGUAGCCACAACAUUCUGAAUUCCUUUACUGAGAAGUACGUCAACAUAUGAAACAUGGAUCCACGCAAUCCUUUUGGAAAUCCACAAGGGGGCGCUUUUCAACCUCCUAUCAACAAAGUGAAUUCAGGACUGUUCCAGCCAUUCGGACAGCAAAGCUCCAGCAGCCAAUCUCAAACUUUGGGGUUUUUGCAGACACUGUUUGGACAGGCACCUGGCUUAAACCGGCCUUCAUUCCAAGGAAGUACAGUUUUUGGGCAGACACCUUCCUUUGGGCAGAGCUCAUUUGGCCAGACAUCUACACGGCCUCCCUCGCUCAAUGUAGCAAACCAGGCUCCAGCUUUUGGAAAGCCAUCAGUAGAAAUGGUGGGACCAGGCUUUGGUAGUACUACGACAACAGGCUUUUGUGGGCAGAGCAGUGGACAGAGUUCAGUUUUUGGACAAGCACCCGUAUUUGGACAGCAUUCUUCAUUUAGACAGACUCUAGGUUUCGGACAGCAGGUUCCAGGAUUUGGCAAUCAGAUAUCUGGGUUUAACCAACAGCCUUUAGGGUUUGGGAAACUGCAGUUGUCUUCAAGUACCACACCUGCAUUAGGUCUCCCUCAGUCUUCAGGUUUUGGUCAGUCUCUGUUUGGACAGACAAAGUCUACCGAUGUCACCACUAGUACAUUUGGCAUAGCUCAGAAUAGAGGCUUUGGGUCAACUCAGUUCAGUUUUAAGCCUGCACAUGAAGCCGUUUUCAAGCCCAUAUUAAGUGCAAGUCCAGAACUGAAUAAACCCCAAGCUGUUUCAGUGUCUGACUCGCCUUUUGGAGGCAGUGGACCCCAGACAGGUUCCAGGCACACAGUGAGUAGUAGCAGCACCACCGCCGGUACUGGUUUCCCUGUCUUGCCUGGAAAGCCUGGGGUGUUAGAAUUUAACUUCUCCCAAUCUCCUGUAGCUCCAUCCAUAUCUGUACAAACCGCUCCGGUAACUACUGACAGUGGUGCAGAUGGCACUCUGCAGUUCAGCCAUUCUCAGCCAGCUGCAACUUCUACUGCCAUUGUUACAGCAUCAGCCACCCAGCCCACCACCCCAUCAUUUUUCAGCUUUACAGCUAAAACACUCCAGCCCCAGGCAACAUCUCUUUUUGGGGUGCCCAGCUUUGGCCAGCUGUCAGCAUUUGGUGAUUCCAAACGAAAAGCAGAUGCUCCUGCAAUUGACACAGGGAGCAAUCUUGAAGGCUCAGUGGAAACAAAUGUAUUUGGACAUCUGACAAAAGCAACAAAGCAUAAGGAAGAUUCCACCAUCUCCGGUGCAAAUUUAGAGAAACCAGCCAAAGAGGGUGGAGCUGAAGUGGAUUCCUCAAGACAGCCUCCAAAGAAGACAUUAAUGAGGUCUCGUGGCCCAACAGGAGGUUUGUUCAGUAAGGCGUUAAGUGGUUUACGUAAAGACAUAGCAAAAUCAAGGAGAGAAGAAGUCCGAAAAGAGAAUCAGCCACAGACACCAGAGAGGACAGACAGAGAAGGAGGAGACCUUCAGUUGAAGGGAGACCACAUGGUUGCCACGCCACCUGGACCACAGUCACUAACGACAGACUUGCUGGUACAAGAUGACAAAUCAGACUUAGUGAAAGUCCAAGAUCCAGAUCCUGAAGCUGCAACUCCUGUGAGGCGUAGCUUACGCCAGGAGAGCUCGGAGAGCCUCAGUGAGACAUCUCCCACCGAGUGCACAGCAAUCCAGUGCAAGAACGUACCUGCUGCCUGCAACAAAAGGACUAUAAUUCACAAGCACUUUGCUCAUUUUGGAAAAAUCUGCAAGCUCUUCUGUCGGCCUGACAAGAACCUGGCCAUAGUGCACUUCCAUGACCAUGAAUCAGCAGCUAAAGCAAAGAAGGAAGGCAGAUUUUUACAUGGAAACAAACUCCAGAUCUUUAGGCAGAGGACAAAGCAGAGUCCAAGGGAAACAAGGAACAGAUCUACCGAUGUAGCAGAGGAGACAGAAGUACAAAGCCAGGAAAUGGAGACUACACGUGCAUCUUCUCCCCUCAAAAGACCUCCACUCAGAGCUGCUGUCGUCAGCAGCACCGUCACCUUCAGCUGCAGUCCACCAGUAAAGAAGCCAGCUGUGGUCACGUCUCUGAUUUUUGCCAGUGAACCCCAGCUAGAGGGCAGCACUGACGCACAGACCACAAAGUGCUCCAUCCCCUCCUCCCUCCUCCAUCUCGUUGGUCAGGUGGCUGAGACUGCUGAAGAAAAGUACCACCUCCUGGAGCAGAGAGACAAGAUUCUGCGACAAGGUCGUCCCAAGCAGACAGAGCUGAUCCUCUCCAAGGUUUUCGUGGGCACCUGUCCUGACAUGUGCCCAGAGAAGGAGAGGUACAUGAGGGAGACACGGAACCAGCUUAGUGCCUUUGAGGUCCUUGCUGAUACAGAAACGGUGGAUCAUGCAACAGCUGUCAAGGAAUACAGCCGUUCAUCAGCUGACCAAGAGGAGCCCCUACCCCAUGAGUUGCGCCCCCUGCCUGUGCUCAUUAUGACCAUGGACUACUUGGUGACUCAGAUCAUGGAUCGGGGCCAUGAAAACUACAGGGAUUGGUACGACUUUGUCUGGAACAGGACCCGAGGCAUUCGCAAGGACAUUACCCAACAGCACCUGUGUUGCCCGCACACAGUGUCACUAUUUGAGAAGUGCACACGAUUCCAUAUUCAUUGCGGUCAUCAUCUCUGCGAAGAGCCAAUGUUAUCUUUUGACGCCAAAAUCAACAAUGAGAACAUGACAAAGUGCUUGCAGAGUCUGAAGGAAAUGUACCAGGAUCUGGCCGCACAGCACAUCUACUGUCCACAGGAGGCAGAGUUCCGCCAGUACAGCGUGCUGCUGAAACUGAAUGAUGGUGACAUCUUAAGGGAGGUGCAGCAGUUCCGUGAAGACGUCCGCAACUCUCCAGAAGUGAAGUUUGCUGUACAGGCGUUUUCUGCAGUCAACAGCAACAACUUUGUGUGCUUCUUCCAGCUGGUGAAAAGAGCGUCCUAUCUGUCCAGCUGCAUCCUGCACAGAUACUUUAAUCAGGUCAGAGCUACAGCUUUGAAGAUCCUGAACGUAGCUUACACUGUGGGUCCACGGUCGACUGCAUUUCCACUAAAGGACAUUGUGAGGAUGUUUAUGUUUGACAACGCUGCUGAGACAAUGGACUUCAUCCAGCAGUACGGCCUCAGUGUCAGUGAUGACAUGGUAGAACUCAGCAGGACGGUCUACCAGGAGCCAGAUCUGCCUCUGUCCCAGAAGAAGUCAGAGGUCAUCAUGAGAAAGAAAACUAUAUUGAUUGGAGAGGUAGUAAAUGGAGGCUCCCUUCCAAAUGUGCCCCAGCACACACCUGUCUGCAGCUUUGACUCACAGAACAAGUAUCGUGGAGAGAGCUUACAGGCUGAGCCCUCUCUAAGACAAAGAGUCAAGACGGAGGAUAAGGCUCCAGCUAAGGCUGAGUCUCAGAUGCAGCUCAAACAAGCCAACCUGCCGUCACAGCCCGGGCUGUUUGAGCAGCCUGAGCCUGUGGUGGAACCUGUAAAAGCAGCUACUGACGAGACCGGGGAAACCAGAGGGCCGUACCACAGCCCAGCCCCCCCAGCCGGCACUCAGCAGCUGUUCCAGCCCAUUGCACAGCCUGUCAAACCACCAUCACCCAAACCUCAACCCGUUUACAACAAUGAGGACAUUGAGGCUGAGGUGGAUAGUAUAAUGACAGAGGUGGUUGAGUCUGCAGUGAGUGAGAUUGCCCACAUGGGUGCCAGCUAUGCCACAAUAGCGCUUGUUGAGAGCAGCGACCAGGUGGAGUCUGUGCUGAGUGAGGUGUUGGGAGAUAUGAUACAAGAGGUCAUGUCCACCGAGAUCCAGCUGGAAGAGGAACGUGUUGCUGAAGAGAAACGCAAGCUUGAAGAAGAGAGGAGAAGGAAGAAACACUUGGCCUUCCUGACAAAGUUCAGCUUCUCACUCUGCAGCGAGAUUCUCAGUGAAGUAUCUGGAGAGAUUGUUCAAGAGGUCGCCAUCUCUGAGAUCAAGGAAGCGGUGAAUCAGCAGUUCUGCAUCAGUCUGAUUGAGGAGACUUUGGACACGGAUAUCACCUUAUUGGUUGAAGAAAUCCUGGAGGUGCAGCUGAGACGUAUCCACAAGUACAUCAAAAGGUGGCGUGAAGUGGUCGCAUUGCGGAGGCAGCUCAAGAGACAGAUGAGAGGAUUCCCUGCAGCUCCGUGCUACGUUGACCCCCGCUUCAAACUGAAAGCUCUGUGUCCCAGUGCCCCGUCACAGACCUCCAAAGCAGAUCUGGCUCGCGGUCUGGUCAACAUGGGAAAUGCUGGCAUCCUAACUGUGUCCAGUACUAGGAUGCUGAAAAUAAAUCAAGAAGUAAGCCACCAGAUGAGAGUGCAGUACUACUAUCAGCAGCUGUUGCAAGAUAAGGUGUGGGCUUCACUCGACCUGCCAGCCCUGGUAACUGAAAAUUUCAUCAACCCACCUGACAGAAUCUUCUGGAAAGUUGUUCUUCUCUUACCAAGUGAGCAUGAGAGUGCAGCUAGCAUAGCCCAGGGGAUCUUGUCAGAGUGGUUGGAGGUGAAGUUUGGUGGUGAAGAGAAGUCAGAGGUCAGGGAGCAGCAGCCCAAUGAUGCAUUGCAAACGCUCUGUCUCAUCAACACUGUCCAGUUGAACGGACAACGAACACAUAAAGUCCACAUCAGUGUAAAGGCUUCCCGAGGCCCACUCAGUGGAGAUGACCUGUCCAGAAUGGAAGACUUCUGUGAGAUUCAAGGAACAGGAGCUUUGAUCAUGUUGCUUCCAGCCCUGCCCAACGGCGAGCUCAUGCAGGACGAGCAGGAUGUGCCUCUGCUGUCUGCCCUACUUCAGCUUAAACAGCUGCAGCAAGCGAGCACAUCGUACUGCCCGCUGCCUGUGGUCUUUCUGGUGCCGGGCCCCAACUGCAUGGCCGGUGAUACACAGAGACUGGAAGAAGCGCUGAUGCUGCACACGCUUGUAUCGGACGGCCUUAUUUCAGAGUACAAAUUUUUCUUUAUACCAGAAAGCACAAGUGACCUGCAGAGUUCCAAACAGCUAACUCAGGCUGUGCGUUGGCUUGUCGUUCAUGCGCCACAGUGCCCUCCACUGUCCUGCCAAACCCUUGUGGAGCUUGUAGAGCACAGCUUGGCUCAUGAAUUUACUAGCAAGCUCUAUGAUCAACGGCAGGAACGGGCCGAUGCACAUCUGCCUUCCCAGGACCCUGUGCCUAUAAUCCAGCUAUACAACGCUGUCCUAUCACACCUCGCUGAUGUGGUGUCAUUGCCAGAUCUUUCCAGGCUGUCAUGGCCAGCACAGGAGUUCUGUUUACCUGAAACCCGUGACUUUGUCCCUCCCGUUGGCUGGAAUUCUGCUGAACACCUUAACUGGCUGCGCAGCAUCAUCCUCAGCCUGCAGCUCCCACAGUGGGAGCUGCCAUCCAGGACUGACUCGUGGCCUGAGCUGUGCGCUUACAUUUUUUGCUACGCUGCUCAGAUCCCCAUAUCGUCAUGCUCUCGGCACUUGUUAAUGUCACGCUUGGAGAACUUGUUGGAACGGGUGAGGCUACAAGGCCAUGGUGGUCCACUGGCCGGAGCACACAGAACCUUAAGGGACUGGGUUGGAGGAGGUGCAAGUUUGUGCUCAGCUUUCAGCUGGAUCCCGUGGGAUGAUGUGCUUGCAUUUUGUAUCGACCACAAACUGAAAGACUGGCGGUGCCCUGGACGAUCUUUCUGUGAAGGUGCUGUGACAGAGGAUGGAGAGAUCCUGGUUUACUUCCUCACAGAGUCACUGAAGGGCUUCAGUCCUCCUGAUGAAUGGACUGAAGCUGUCUGGAAGACAUAUCGAGAGAAGAAGGAAGGUGAGCAGAAACCAGAAGUAUUGGAGGAAACCCACGCAGACAAGCAGCGCCACACAGGAACCAACCAGGGUUUGGUGGCCACUGACACACAGGACCUUCUCUCUGAGAGUGCAGUUGCUGCUGUUUCUGCACAACCUUUCAGUGUCCACAGUCUGAUGGAACCUCAGGAGGCCCAGUCAGCCCCCGUGGACAUCUCUCACACUUCUACACUGCAAGAGCAGGUGUCUCACCUCCUGCGGAGCAUAGAGGAGGAGAAGGUCCACAGCCAAAGGUGUAUGGAACAUCUUCAGCGUUUACUGGAAAAAGAGUCAUUGGACUACGUGUCUGCACCACUCUUCCUUCCAUCCUCCAUCCUGCUGUACAAACCCAUAACCAUCUCACCUGUUCCCACAGCCAAGUCUGCAAACAACUCUUACUCACAGGAGCCUGUGUCUGAGGAGUCCACAGAAGAAAGAGGCUGGUGUAAGAACAUGCGUGUACCUCUGUCAUGGAGGCUGAAGGAACUUGAACAAGAGAUUCUGGCCAACAAAGAAGAAGAACUGGCCUUCGGAAUGAAGACAGAAUACCUACUAAGUAUUGUAGAUGAUUGAUUGAUGUAACUACCAGAACACAGUUUCUACCUUUUCUUGUUUGAAAAUGUUGGAUUGUGUUUCUAAAAUAACUUUAAUCCAUCCGUGUGACCUCACGGUGUGUUCGUUACCACAGUGACUGCUCCCUUCUGUAAGAGGUACUGUGGGAUCCUCCCCGAAAAACGUGACAUUUUUUUUAUGCAUUUUAUUUUUUUAGUAAUAAAGGUGUA